AUAACAGUUGCUUGAUGAAUGCAUUUCUAAACAGUCGAUAAUCUAGAAUUUUGAUGGAACUAUUAUGUAAUGUCGUUUCAUUGGGUUCUUACUUUUUUGUUGGUAUACUGUUCCUGUUACAAGGAACACUGGUAUCACCAGCAUGUAUAUCGAAAGGGUUUCCAGUCGAAUGGACGACAGCAACUGAAGGGGUAACAUACUGGUACGUGACACCAAUAAUUAAAAGACAAUUCACGGCUGGAUAUAGUGUGAUAGAUUACUAUACAACAAAAGGAUUGGCCAUGGGAGCAUCUCCUUCGUGUGUAGAUGAAUAUUAUGACUCAAUAUCAGGAUACUAUUACUAUCUGAUGUACUACGGCGAUUGGAAUAUUUACAGUUUGAAGAAGGAUAUUGACAUAUGCCAUGGCUACAAACAGUUCGACAAUGUACUCAGGGAAUUCUAUCACGAGUUUUUAUCUACCGGCACUAUAACCAGUGCACAAGAUUGUGUUGGGCUAUUUACUGCAGGUUCUUCCAGUAUAGCUCUUUCAAAAUACAACUUCCAGUAUGUCAACUGUCCGUUUGAUUUCACUACCUAUGACUUCGCCUUCAGUGAUAAGGGAAACCCCGACUACUGUGCUGGUCAAACUUCUAGAGCCUAUAUUCAGAAUGAAGUCAUCGGUUUGAAGAGUUGUUAUGAUCCUUUGAAUAUAACAUCAGCUGCUCCUUAUUAUGGGCCAUUCUCAUGCCUUGGUAGUUGGCCAGCAGAUAAAAAAGAUACACCUUCAUCUGGUGAUUUUAUAGUUAUCGAGAUGUAUGAUGAAGCAAAGUGGCCAUAUUGUGGGAGAUAUAAAGUUGAUAAAAAUGGCGUCAUUACAAUUUCUAUUUACCUAUCAAUGAGUCAGGGCGACUGGUACACUGUUGAUUGUAUUGCGUCGGUUGAUAAUGAGUUUAUGUUCGAUGACGGAAACCAGAAAUUUGUGAGGAUGGUGUUUACUCCUCCUUAUGCAGCAACAAUAGUGAAAACUACACAAGCUGAGUCCACGACAUUAACUACCGAAUCGGCAAUUACAACAUCGAUCGAAGCAACAACUAUCGAACUGACUACAACAGAACCGACAACUACCGAGCAGACAACUACAGAACUAACAACUACCGAACCGACAACUAUCGAACCGACUACAACAGAACAGACAACUACUGAACAGACAACUACCGAUCUGACAACAAUCGAACAGACAACUACUACAAAAACAACUACAGAAUUGACAACUUCCGAACAGACAACAACAGAACUCACAACUUCAGAACCGACUACAACAGAACAGACAACUACCGAACAAAUAACAACCAAAGCGACAACUAUGGAACCGACAACUACCGAGCCGACAACUACCGAACCGAGAACUACCGAACCGACAACUACCGAACCGACAACUACCGAACCGACAACAACCGAACUGACAACUACCGAACAGACAAAUACCGAACUGACAACUAAAGAAACAACUACUACUGUUCCGAUAACUACAACAACUGUUCUGAUACCGACAACAACUGUUCCGACAACGACAACAACUGUUCCGACAUCGACAACAACUGUUCCGACAACGACAACAACUGUUCCGACAACGACAAAAACUGUUCCUACGACGACGACAACUGUUCCGACAACGACAACAACUGUUCCCACAACGACAACAACUGUUCCCACAACUACAACAACUGUUCCCACAACGACAACAACUGUUCCGACAACUACAACAACUGUUCCGACAACGUCAACAACUGAUUUGACAACUUCAUCAACAACUGAACUAAUUAUAGCAACGAUUGGAUCAACUAAUACCUCUAAUAACAUGAUGACAUCUAAAUCAUUCUUGUCUGAAAUAUGGAGUAUCAUACGUGACUUAAACUGGCCAUGGUGGAUUCUUUUCGGGGUUUCAAUUCUGCUGGUAGCUCUGUUAACCGGUUGUUUGAUUUAUGUUGCAAAGAGACGAAAACGUGGAGUAGAUGACCAUGAAAAAGGAAAGCCUAUGAGCGACAGGAGUCCGGCAAAUUUGCAACAAACUUCAAAAACCAAUGGAAUCAGUUCGAAUAAAGAUACAUCCAAAACAACACAACGUGCAAGGAAGAUUUCAGUCAAACCUUUUUUUCCACCGAAAACAUUGGACUUUUAGAUUAUAUGAUAAGUUUCUAUUAAUUUCAUUGAAUCGAAUAAUAAUUAUUGUUAAAGUAGUUUUAAUUUCUUAUUUUGAUACUAGUAUGUUUUUGUUUUUUUUGUAUAAACUAUAUAAUUUUGCAUGAGCUCAAUUUAGUCGCCUGCCAAUUUCUAUAAGAAAAAAGGUCAGUAAUCGUUAAAUGUAAAAUUUUGGGAAAGUUUGGAAAGCUGCUUAGAUUAAACUUAUUAUAUUAUCACAACUUCAAUAUUUAAACAAAAGAAGCAAU